UCCCAGCUGCGAGGAUCACAUGGUGCCGAGUGUGAAAGGGGAUGAACGAUGGCGGAUGCCGGCAGCUCCUCUCUGCUCCUCCUGCUCACCGCGUUCCUGCACCUUUCUGUCCCCGCCGGUGCCCUGCACACGGUCGGCUCCGUGCCUCUGGACACAGUCACGUUUUACAAGGUCAUCCCCAAACUGAAGUAUGCCCUGGUAAAGAUUGACACGCAGUAUCCGUAUGGAGAGAAGCAAGAUGAGUUUAAGAAAUUGGUGGAAAACUCUGCUUCCAGCAAGGAACUCUUGGUGGCUGAAGUGGGAAUAUCAGAUUAUGGCGAUAAGGAAAAUUCUGAACUUGGGGAGAAAUAUAAAGUGGAAAAAGAUGACUUUCCGGUCUACCUGCUGUUCAUCGAUGGGGAUUUGGAGACUCCGGCCCGGUUUACCGGAGAGAUUAAGCAGGAAGGCAUUCAGCAGUGGUUGAAGACUAAAGGUGUGUGGGUGGGGAUGCUCGGCUGCCUGGAGGCGUUCGAUUUCCUUGCCCAGGAUUUUAGCAGCACGAGGAGCGUGGAAGAACGGCAGAAGAUCAUGGGGAAGGCAAAGAACAGGAUGGAAAAGCUGCCGGAGUCCGAUCAGAAACUGGGGGAGCAGUACCACAAAAUCAUGAGCAAGAUGCUGGCGCAAGGCGACCCGUUUGUUAGCUCGGAGAUCGCGCGGAUCGGCAAACUGCUGGAAGAGAGCAAGAUGAGCUCAGCGAAGAAGGUGGAGUUCCAGAAGCGGCAGAACAUCCUGAGCUCGUUCCAGAUACCAAACUCACCAAGAGAGGAUUUGUGAGGGGGGUGGUUGUGGUGGUGGUGGUGGAUGGGGAAAUCCAUUUUAACCGGGGAAAAAAGCUUCCUACCGUAAGCCAUGUUACUGCUAAGGUGAUCAGGAAAGAGAGCACCUGCCUUCUGCACAUCUCCCUUUCCUGAUCGUUGCGAUCUAACAGCUCAUUUUCAGCUGCCACCUAGCAUCGCCCACUGGAUAUACAACAGGAUUCAGAUUCAGAUUCAAUUUUAAUUGUCAUUGCCAGUACAGAGACAACGAAAUGCAUUUAGCAUCUCCCUGGAAGAGCGACAUAGCAAACGAUUUGAAUAAAUAAUAAUAAGUGUCCGGGGGGGGUGGUGAUUGGCAGUACGUUGUUGAUGAGCAACGGUGAGAUAGAUAAAUAUCACCCCUUGUGCGGCCCAACCUCACUCCCAGCUCUUGGUGUUGGACCGUGGAAGCCAGUUGUGCCAUGAUCCAUU